CUCCCUUUCCCCUCUGCUCUCUCUCUGUCUUUAGCCCACCCCGGAGUCGAGGGAAAGAACCCUCCGCGGGCUCAACCCGUCCUCGCGCGUCGCUGCCGCCGCCGCCGCCACCACAGCCACGAGGACCCGGAACCCUUCUCCCAGGCGUGAGAGCUCGAGGGGCGGCUGUCCGGGCGCCCGCCGGAGGCCCGGCGCCGCCAGCGCCCCUCUUACGGGCACUCCCCAACACUGGGGCCCGGGCAGGCCGCUGGCUCCACACCCCAAAGAAGGUCGGACUCCUCCAUUAAGGAAUUCCACCCGCCUCUCGGGACCAGGGAAUUAGAAUUCUCCUCAGGCAAUACUGUGGGCGACCAAACUGACGCAAUACCUUUGCAAGGCCUCCGCCUGUGGCGGGACGGUGACGUCAUAUUACGGGAGCCGGGUGGCCCUUGUCCGUGACACAUUAAGUAGGCGACAAGAGUCGGGGCGGAGCGGUAGGACGGAAACGGAAGCCGGACCGGUGGUCGUUCGUGUAGUCGAAGAUGCCGAAGGUAAAAAGAAGCAGGAAAGCUCCUCCGGAUGGCUGGGAGCUAAUUGAACCAACAUUGGAUGAAUUAGAUCAGAAGAUGAGAGAAGCUGAAACUGAACCUCAUGAAGGAAAGAGGAAAGUGGAAUCUCUCUGGCCAAUCUUCAGGAUUCAUCACCAGAAAACAAGAUACAUUUUUGACCUAUUUUAUAAGAGGAAAGCCAUAAGCAAAGAAUUAUAUGAGUACUGUAUUAAAGAAGGUUAUGCAGAUAAAAACUUGAUUGCCAAGUGGAAAAAACAAGGCUAUGAAAAUCUGUGCUGCCUCCGCUGCAUCCAAACUCGGGACACCAAUUUUGGAACUAACUGUAUAUGUAGGGUUCCAAAAAGCAAGUUGGAAGUGGGGCGGAUCAUCGAGUGUACCCAUUGUGGCUGCCGAGGAUGCUCUGGUUGACAGGUCUCAGAGUGAUGGGCCUACAGAUUCCACUUCUAGCUUAUCAUUAUUGUUCAACUCCAUGAGUAGCUGUUAAAGUGAACACUUUCCCCUGGAUAACUCCUGCUCUCCAAAGCUGCAACCUGCGAUUGGAGCAUGAUGGCAAAUAAAAGACUGUGUUAAUCAGUUGUAAUUAUCUGUGAUUUUAAAAUAAAACCUUUAACUAUUGGUAAC